GAAAUUGAAAGAAAGUUUGUUUUGCGAAGUCCAAAAGCCUCGACUGUGUGACGUCCGUGUUUGCUUUUAACAAAUCUAAGAUCUAAUGGGGGGUAUAUUGGGAGCGGAAUAAUUCUCACGAACCAGUCAUCUGAAACAAUAAGGUUUGAGUGAUUGGUUGAAUUACAUUUAUCCUGGAAAUUUAUGCACAGCGUAAGUGAACAUCGCGUCUGACCUUCGUGAUUAGCGACACAUCGGUUGUACGACGAUGGCGUCUACCGCCCAUGGAAAUGGAAAUAAAGUACAAGAUGAUCCUGAAGCCGAAAGCUUGAAACUUCUAGCUGACAAAAACGGAAAGAAAAACAAGGCUACAUUCAAGGGACCCAUCGCAGACAGGUCAUGCACGGACAUUCCCUGCUGUAUUCUGUUUGUGGCAUAUAUUGUUGGCAUGGUUGUUGUGGGAAUAAUUGCUUUCAAAGAAGGAGAUCCUGAUAGACUUCUGUUACCACAAGAUUCUCAAGGAAACAUUUGUGGAAAAGAUAGCUAUGUGGAUAAAAAAUAUCUGCUCUUCUUUGACAUCAGUACUUGUGCCACAAAGGGUGGAGACUUUACCAAAUUUGUUACAGUUCCUUCUUGUCCCACUCCACAGGUUUGUGUUGAAUCUUGUCCAGCAAAUAAUGAGCUAGGAUAUAACCGGAAAGCUGGUGACAUGGUCUGCAAAGAAGGAGUUGAGACUGUUACUGAGGGUAACAAACAUCAGUUGGUCGUACAAGGAAAAUGUGCACCAUACUAUUUGGCCUCGCAGCCUGUUUUGUAUCGAUGCAUACCAACCUUGGCAAAUAACUUGCUUGUCAACAGCUCAUUCCUAACAAAUCUUGCUGGAAAUAAUAUGACCAAGGCAGCCAUUGAAGCUGGAUUAGAAGGCCUUCAAUUUCUUUUGAAUGCACAAAAUUUUGGAAUGUCGAUAUUUGAGGACAUAAAAGCUGUAUGGUACUGGCUUUUAAUAGGCAUGAUACUGGUUUUAGUCCUUGCAUUUAUCUACAUUCUCAUCACAAGAUGGAUAACAGGCCCUCUCAUCUGGUGUAGCAUCAUUGCUGUCUUUGCCUUGAUUAUUUAUGGCAUGUACUUUUGCUACAGCAAGUACAAGUUCUUAAAAGAUUCUGGCACUAGUCAAGACUUUGAGCUAAAGUUUACCUUAAACUUGGACACCUACACUCAGUCAAAAGACACUUGGCUGGGCAUUGGUAUUUUCUUGACUGUUCUGUUGGUGAUCCUCUUGUUGAUUGUUCUUGUCCUGUGUAAAAGAAUCCGGAUUGCUAUUUCCAUGAUAAAGGAAUCCAGCAAAGCUGUUUCAGCAAUCAAGACGUCUUUGGUCUUUCCCAUCAUCCCAUGGUUGCUCCAGCUUGCUCUGUUUGCCUGGUUUUUGGGUGUUAGUGUUUACUUGGUGACCAAUGGAAUACCGCAGUACAAGGUGAUUGAUGUACCCACAGGUGGUGAUAAAUACAACCUAACAAACGGGACUGACUGCGAACCAAAGACUUUUGAAAAGGAGUAUCCAAACACCAGUGCAAGUUGUGUUAUGGCUGGAUAUAAGGAAAAUGUACAUCUGUUUCGUAUGCAAGUUUUCCAUUUCUUUGGCUGGCUGUGGAUAAUGAACUUUAUCAUUGCCCUUGGUCAGUGUGCACUGGCUGGUGCAUUUGCUUCAUGGUAUUUUGCCUUCCACAAGCCGGAUGAUAUUCCUUCGCUCCCAAUCCUUAAAUCCUUCUGGCGCACCAUAAGGUACCAUACUGGAUCGUUGGCUUUUGGAGCUGCAAUCAUUGCUAUCGUCCAGUUCAUCAGGGCUGUGUUAGAUUACAUUGAUCGCAAACUUAAAGAGUCUGGCCAGGACAACAAGAUUGUUAAGUUCAUUAUGUGCUGUUGCAAGUGCUGUUUCUGGUGUUUGGAAAAGUGCCUCAAGUUCCUCAACAAGAAUGCUUACAUCAUAAUUGCCAUCAAAGGAAAGAAUUUCUGUGGUGCUGCAAAGGAAGCCUUCAUGCUCCUUUUGGAAAAUGUUCUGAGGGUGGUAGCUGUUAACAGUGUAACGUCAUUCCUUCUGUUCAUGGGCAAGCUGUUUGUGGUUGGAAUUGUUGCGGUCUGCAGUUUCUCUUGGUUUGAUAAAUUAAACAAAGAUGAUCCUGAUACUCUACAGUUUGAUGUCGUGCCAACCAUUAUCAUGGUGAUUUUUGCGUAUGCUGUAGCAAUCUUGUUCUUUGAUGUCUAUGACAUGGCAAUUGACACCAUAUUCCUGUGCUUCUUGGAGGACAUGAAGAUGAAUGAUGGCAGUGCCGAGAAGCCUUACUACAUGAGUGAUUCACUUAAAGAGAUAAUGGACCUGCAGAACCGCCCAGCACCGGACGGCAAUGAUGACGGUCGGAAGUGAGCCAAUGGACUGGAUCCGAUAAAACUCUUCAAUUCUCUGGAUAUUUCUUAGUUUCUUCAGUAUUGCUCUAUUAAAACAACAAUCUGAAUCUCUUUUCUAGAUUUUGUAUAUACAAAGCAAAGUUAUCACUCAUGCAAUCCUGAUUUAACAAACUAGUACUGUUAAGCCAAUUAUUGUUCAAGCAGUGAGUGUGACAUGUCGUUUCGAACGACUCGGAGCCAAAACGCAGGGGAUUUUUGCGUCAGACUCUAGUCUGAUAGCAUAUGAUAUAAUCAUAGGUUAAGCUGUGGUUGGGAAACAGGGUUUUUUUUGCGUAGAUAAAGUUUUCCUCCCCCCCCCCUACAAUUAUCGUAACUUAAGGUAGCUUUUGUAUUGUAAUCAUACUAAUGAAUACAACCCAAACGUCAGAGUUGUAAUGCAAAGCGUUCACACCUCUACUUUAGGCAGAAUUUUUUUUCUAAUUUAUCACUCGUAAGCUGUGAAUUUCGUAUGUAGUUGCUUACGGGAAGGCAUUUAAAAGUAACCAUAAUGACUUGCACCUUCGUACGAAAGUAAAGCACCGGCUUUUCAUGUAAUAGAUAAAAAUUCCUUCUCUGAGUAUAUUGCCAUACUAAUGCGACUCAAAAAGAAGUAAUAAAAAUGAAAAGCUCCUUUUGUU